GAUAUUUUAACUUCUGACAGAACACAUUUGAAGAAACCCAUCUCGAUGAGGUAGAUGUAGGAGACAAGAUAAAGUGGUUGAAAGAGGGAAUGGACUGCAUUUUGCUCUUCUGGAAUGGAAAGGUUAUUGAUUUUGAGGUCCCCAUUACGGUUCAGCUCACUGUCGUAGAUGUUGAUCCUGGCCUCAAAGGUGACACUGCUUCAGGUGGAUCCACCAAACCUGCAACUCUUGACACCGGCACAGUAAUUAAUGUUCCGCUAUUUGUUAAUACUGGUGAUCAAAUAAUGGUGGAUACAAUCAUACAAGAAGCGGGCAAUAAAUGAGCCGUGCAUAACCUUUUCGCUAGGAGAAUUCUUAUAAUUGACAAUUGUUUUUGGAUUCAAUUCAUUUGUUUUUAUAAAUUAACAUUCAA